AUGCCCAGAAGAGGUUUAAUGCUUCAAGCCAGGACUCGUUGGCUGUUAUUGGGUCUUGCCCUGCUGUGCAUUUUGAUAUUAUUUAUGUAUCUUCUUGAGUGUGCUCCACAGACUGAUGGUAAUGUGUCUCUUCCUGGUAUCAUUGGAGAGAAUUAUGGUAAAGAGUACUACCAAGCUCUCCUACAAGAACAAGAAGAACAUUAUCAAACUAGGGCAACUAGCCUGAAACGUCAGAUUGCUCAACUCAAGCAAGAAUUACAAGAGAUGAGUGAGAAAAUGAGAUCAUUGCAAGGAAAAAAGAACGCAAGAGCAAAUGGUAUGGGUUAUCAAGGCACCAAAGAACAAAUACCCAGUGAUCUUUUAGAGUUUCUUCAUUCUCAGAUUGACAAAGCUGAGGUAGGCAUAGGAGCCAAGCUACCUAGCGAGUAUGGUGUCAUCCCUUUUGAAAGUUUUACCUUAAUGAAAGUCUUCCAAUUAGAGAUGGGUCUCACUCGACACCCAGAGGAAAAGCCUGUUAGAAAAGAUAAGAGAGAUGAGUUGGUGGAAGUUAUUGAGGCUGGCCUGGAAGUUAUUAAUAAUCCUGAUGAAGAAGAUGAUCAAGAAGAAGAUGAUGGACCAGUUGGGGAAAAACAACUAUUUAACGAAAACGAUUUUGUAGAAGGUUAUUAUCGUACUGAGAGAGAUAAAGGGACGCAGUAUGAACUCUUUUUUAAGAAGGCAGACCUCAUGGAAUACAGGCAUGUCACUUUGUUCCGACCCUUUGGACCUCUUAUGAAAGUAAAGAGUGAAACAAUUGACAUUACUAAAUCAGUUAUUAAUAUCAUCGUACCUCUUGCUGGAAGGACAGAGGCAUUUGCACAGUUUAUGCAGAACUUCAGGGAUGUAUGUAUUCUUCAGGAUAAGAGGAUUCACCUUACAGUGGUAUAUUUUGGUGAAGAAGGACUAUCCAAAGUCAAGAUCAUCUUAGAAUCAGUUUCUCGAGAAGCUAAUUUUCACAAUUACACAUUGAUUUCAUUGAAUGAAGAAUUUAAUCGUGGCCGAGGACUCGAUGUGGGUGCAAGAGCCUGGGACAAGGGAGAGGUGUUGAUGUUUUUCUGUGAUGUUGAUAUAUAUUUCUCAGCAGAGUUUCUUAACAGUUGCCGAUUAAAUGCUGAACCAGGAAAAAAGGUUUUUUAUCCAGUGGUGUUUAGUCUUUAUAAUCCUGCUAUUGUUUAUGCCAACCAAGAUGUGCCACCACCAGUUGUUCAACAGUUAGUUCACAAAAAAGACUCUGGAUUCUGGCGAGAUUUUGGUUUUGGAAUGACUUGUCAAUAUCGAACAGAUUUUCUGACAAUUGGUGGAUUUGAUUUGGAAGUAAAAGGAUGGGGUGGAGAAGAUGUUCAUCUGUAUAGAAAAUACCUACGUGGUAAUCUUAUAGUUAUUCGGACCCCUGUUCCUGGUCUUUUCCACCUGUGGCAUGAGAAGCACUGUGCUGAUGAGCUGACUCCAGAGCAGUACCGCAUGUGCAUCCAAUCUAAAGCCAUGAAUGAGGCUUCUCACUCACACCUUGGGAUGCUGGUCUUCAGGGAGGAGAUAGAGACUCAUCUCCAUAAACAGGCAUAUAGGACAGAUAGCGAACCUGCUGGAUAAAUCACACCGUCAUUUAAUGCAUUAUAAUCUGAAAAACAACCAGCACUAUAUUCACUUGC